GAGACCAAAGCCUCGCGGGCUGUCGCCCAGGGCCGCGGCGCAGAAGGCGGACGGCCCCGACGCCGCGGAGGAGCGCAAGAUGGCCAGUCUCACGACGCCGCUGUUCCACGCGACAAGGCUCGAGAGGGUCACCGAAGACGUGCUGGAUGUCGAGGGCCCCUCGCUGGAGGUGAGCUACUUCGCGCGCGGAGACGGCGGCCGGCAGUCGGCGGCGUCGGCAGUCAGUGCGCGGGUCGCGCAUGGACGGCAGCAGCGGGGCAAGAGCAGGCGGGCCCCGCCCGAGAUCCGGGCGGCGUUCAACCCGGGCGACGAGGAGGCAGGCCCGAAGAUCGAUGUGACCAGGGAGGAGAUCGGCGAGCACCUCGCGGCGGGCGCGACGUGGGAGAUUUCGGAGAACGUCGGCGCGGCAAUGAGGAAGUGCGAGGGCCAGCUGAAGAUCAAGGAAGGCCGCGUCGAUGGGGGCCCAAUCGCGCGCGUCGCCCGGGUCGCCGUCAGCGCGGCGAUGGCCGACGAGAGAGAAGUCGACGCGAACGGCGCGACUAUCAAGGGCAACGGGGGCCUCCGGGGCUUGGAGGAGAAGAGCGCGGUGAAGGGCAAUCAGACGCCGAGCAG